UCUAUAUAUACACAUAUAAUGAACACUCUCAAUGAAUCAUCAAUACAAUCUCUCUCUCUCACUCUCUUUUCUCUUAUCUCUUGUGCAGCUAUAUUAUAUUGUAGUUUUGCAAUGGCAAGGAAGCAAGUAAUGGUGAUGUUGUUUCUAGUAAUGUUGCUCAAUUGUGUUCUCUUAGUACACAAUCAUGCUAUCAGUGAGGCUCCAACACCACAGCCCCAAAGCAGUGGGAAUUAUUCUUCCAGUCCCAUGCAUGGAGUCACUGAAGGCAGCCUUCAACCUCAAGAAUGUGGACCUCGAUGCACAGAAAGAUGCUUAAAGACAGCAUUCAAGAAGCCAUGCAUGUUCUUUUGUCAAAAGUGCUGUGCCAAAUGCUUAUGUGUGCCUUAUGGGACUUAUGGCAACAAGCAAACUUGUCCUUGCUACAAUGAAUGGAAGACUAAAAGAGGAGGCCCCAAAUGCCCUUAGAAUUUUACACCCCCCCCUAUUUUUUUUUUUUCAAAGAUAUUGUAAUUAAAAUGUAGUGGAGAAAUCGAACCUCUAACCUCGAGAUCGAUAGUACGAGCACUAUGUCAAUUGAGCUACGUUCACAUUGACCCUCUCUCUUAAUUAUGCCAACAAAGAACAAACCAUUAUUACUUUUCAAU